CGUUGUUUCUCUUCUUAAAAAUGGUGUCGGCCAUUCUGAAAAAACUAUGGGAAAUCGUCAAGAUUUACACGCCAUUGGGAUACAUUACAUUUGGUGGACCCAACGCUGCCAUCGCCUUGUACCAUGAAAUAUUCGUUGUAAGGAGAAAAUGGCUAUCGGAUUCGGUUUUUGCAGAGUUGUUUGGGAUUUGUCAGGGAUUGCCGGGGCCGGGAUCUGCUCAAAUGAGUUUUGCAAUUGCGUUGAUACGAAGUGGCAUCUUUCCUGCUGUUGUUUCUUUCUUUGUUUGGUCAACACCGGCAGCCAUCAUCCUCUUCUUUGGCGCCAGCAGCAUCGCCAAAGCAGGUGCAACCCUUCCACUCUGGCUCUCCUCCCUCCAAAACGGUCUCGUAUCAGCUGCAGUCGGUCUCAUUGCCCUAGCAGCCUACAGACUAUCGACCAAAAUCAUACGAACCGAACUCCAACGGUUUAUUUGUUUGGCAAGUGCGAUCGCGUCAAUCUGUUCGAGCAAGCCGUUUGUCCUUCCAGUUACGAUGGUAGCAGGGGGGCUGUUGACUGUUUUCUUUGAGUAUUGGGGGCAAGAUUGGGUGGAUUAUGGUGCACAGCGGUGGGAGGAAGUGAAGAGACGACGGGGCUUGAAGGGAGAUGAUCCUGCCGUUGAAGACAAUGGCUCAGUGCACUCAGAGAUAUGUACCUCCGAAGGGGAGAUCGCGAUGGCGGAUGUACCGUCCAACAAUCAAGAGGAGCACACCACAAUUGCGCCUAUUCACUCCUCCAUCACCAUCGUCCCUUCCACUCGAGAGGACACAAUAUCUACCGUAUCCCGCCGCCGCGUCCCCACCGCAGUACCCAACACGCUACCAGAACCCGAACCGGAGCCCGCCCCACUAACUCUUACCUACACACCUCGAAUAGGUAUUGUGGUGCUAUUGGUGUGGGGCGCCAUUUUAAUUGUAUCUAUCGGUGUCAGGUCCGUACCGCGGCUACCAAGAGCUUUAGAUAUUUUCUUCACGUUCUACCUUGUCGGUGCCAUCACGUUUGGAGGAGGAGCUGUCCUUGUUCCUCUCUUGCAGACUUGGGUUGUCGCGCCAGGAUGGCUCACAAAUCAAGAGUUUCUUCUCGGGUUCGCACUGAUCAAUGCACUACCUGGGCCCUUAUUUAAUUUUUCUGUAUACGUUGGAGUUCUUGCCUAUCGAAAAGAAUCUUCCAUCCUCGGCGCCCUGCUCGCUUGGGCGGGCAUCUUCCUACCCGGCAUGCUCCUCAUGGUCGGUCUCCUCCCCAUCUGGAACACUCUCCGCGAACGUCGCAUUGUCCGUGUGAUCUUGGACGGCGUGACAGCCGGAGCAGUGGGGUUGGUAUACACAGGGACAUGGAUCCUCUGGCAAAAAGCCAUCUCGAAUAAACCGAGUGGAGCGGCUGUUGGUGCGUACCCGUAUUAUGUGGCAGUGGUGGGAUUGACGUUUGUGACGGUUGGAUUUUGGAAGUGGCCACCGAUUGUACCGAUUGGAUUGGGGGGUGUGAUUGGUGUUUUGCAGUGGGUUGCUGCUUCAUAAAAGAUUGAUCUGAACCAAGUGUGGAUUCCAAUCUGUGAGGACAUUUCAAAGACUUUUGUCAUGCAUAUCACAGUAUAUCCUCAGCCAAUUGGGACGUCAAAGAGACGAUUGGGCGCUCCUCUCUUGUCUGUUUAACAUUUCAGAUCAUUUCAUUAUAAACAAACUGGC